AUGAGGCCGAGCUGUCCUCUCUUCCUUCUUGCUCUCUUGAUUGUUUGCCACACUGGCACUGCAGCUAUCUUUGAUCCAGACAAUCUCAACUGCAAAUGUAGAAGAGUAACAUCCGCCUUCAUCCAUCCCUCAAAAUAUGCAUCCAUCAAGGUCACGCUGCCUGGAAUCAGUUGCCGAAGGACUGAAAUCAUAAUCACGAUGAGGACAGGAAGGUUUGUGUGUAUUGAUCCUGAGGUGAAGUGGGUGAAGAAUUUGCUGGCAGCCAUAAAACGCAACCGUCCUUCUCAAACAACAAAUUGAAGUUUUCAGUAAAAGAAACGGAUGACAGAAAA